AUGAAAAAACUCCUUCGUGAGAAGUUUCUUCCACCUAAUUUUCGCCAGGAGGCAUUUUUAGAAUAUCAUAACAUCUCCCAACGGUCGACUACCGUUGAGGAAUUGAUCUGUGAGUUUGACAGAUUACGGAUGAGAUGUGCUGUUGAAGAGGAGGAGGAACAAAUUAUUGCUCGUUUCUUUGGGGCUUUACGACCCGAGAUCGCCGCCGUUGUACAACUGCAGCCCUAUUGGUCUUUUACUGAUGUGUGCCAACUAGCUCUAAAGGUGGAGAAACAAUUGAAAGCUAAAGCCAAACCCACGUUACCCCGGUCGAGCCCAAUCAAAGCCGACAGCCUUAAAGCGGUUUCGGGGACACCUACUGGAAGCAGAUUCAAUGCAAGCAAAAGCGAGGGAGCAACAUCUUCCAAGACACCCACCGUUACCGCUCGUACACCGCCCCGUUGUUUCAAGUGUGGCGGGCUGGGUCACUUUGCUCGGGAGUGCUCGAAUACUCAGCUCAUUACCCUCACGGAUGAAACCCUGCCUGUUUAUGAUACGGAAGAAGACCAACCUGAAGAGGUUGAAACUGAAGUGGUGUAUCCGGACAAGGGUGAAACUCUUAUAGCUCAACGGGUUCUCAGCACUAAUCCGAAUCAUGAAGUCAAAGAUAACCUCUGGCUCCGCAACAACAUUUUUCGAACUCGCUGCACGGUAAAAGGCAAGGUAUGUACCAUUAUAAUCGAUGGGGGCAGCUGCGAGAAUAUGGUGGCCACAGUUAUGGUUGAAAAGUUAGGCCUUAAAGUCGAAGACCACCCCGACCCUUACCAGCUAACGUGGCUAAAAAAAGGUAACGUCGUGAAGGUUAAACACAGGUGCCUUGUUCAGUUUAGCAUCGGGACCCGUUAUUCGGAUGAGGUGUGGUGUGAAGUCGUUCCGAUGGAUGCAUGUCACAUCUUGUUGGGGCGACCGUGGCAGUAUGAUAGGCGCACCAAACACGACGGGUUCCUCAAUACAUACAGUUUUAAGAAAGAAGGGGUUAAUGUCCAACUUGUUCCACUGGAUAUACGUGACACCGGAACCGAAGCCCUGGUCCUUACCAAAUCAGCGUUCCUGGAUUUUACACGAACUGCUAAACCUCCAUUCACCUUAGCCCUACUCAUCACCGAGACCAACCCCACAACUGAUGAACCCCCACUUGAAGUACAACCACUCCUGACCGACUUCAAGGAUGUCUUUCCCACUGAAAUUCCUCCUGGCCUUCCCCUUGUACGAGAAAUUCAACAUUGCAUCGACUUCAUGCCAGGUGCAACCAUCCCAAAUAAACCAGCCUACCGAAUGAAUCCAACCGAAUAUGCAGAACUACAUCGACAGGUUACCGAGCUCCUUGACAAGGGUCUUAUUCGCGAAAGUAUGAGCCCGUGUGCGGUGCCGGCUCUACUCGUUCCUAAACGAAUGGCGCCUAUAGAAUGUGUAUUGAUAGCCGAGCCGUUAACAAAAUUACGAUCAAGUAUAGGUUUCCCAUUCCCCGUUUAG